GACCAAGAGGUGCCUUUGGCUCAGUUCCGAAUGUUGCCCAGUGAGUUGCAUGAUACCGCACUAUUAUCAGGAAGGUACGAAUGAGGAAAAGGCACUCCAAGAUAGCUACGACCACCCGGAUUAGUACUAGUAAUUGUCGGUACCUUUGGCGACUUGAUCCAUUUUGGCCUCUGGUGUCGGUUCGUCAUCUUUCACACGGGAAGACCAGCUCUGUCAACACUUCUUCUUAGAGGAAUUGCAUGUGAUUGUGAAGUCGAUACCAAUAGAUUUGAACAUCGGUUUCGUGUUGCUUCGCUCUUCCGAAUUUACACAAGAGAUACGGUAGAUAAUCAAUCGCUCAUUAUUAUCUGUUUCGUCUUAUCUUGAGGCAAAAUGAUGACAUUCUUCAGUGGUUUUGUGGUCGCGACUUUGCUCCUGGGCAACACUGUCGGCGCUGCGGCAAAACAGUUGGAACGAAGGACGCAACAGGAUUGGCUGGGCAGCCUAUCUAUGUGCGGCUGUCAACAGUGUACAAGUGCUGUCUACAACUCGCAAGCGGGUGACUAUAAAUGCAUAGACCGAAUCUUGUUCCUGAUUGGAGAUGGCUUGACCGAAGAGGCUGCUUGCGAACAAGUGGGCAACGAGUUUCCAACCAUUUGUGGCCCAGCCUGCAAUCCAGACACGUGCGAUGGACGUGCUCAACAAAAUCUUCAACCCAUUCCAGUUUCGGCCACUAUUGUUAACUUACCACCACCGACAACCUUUUGUGGUUGUCCUCAAUGCACAUCCAAUAUCUGGUCCCGACAAGCAGGUGGCUACGCCUGUGGUGCAAGAAUCGAGUACCUUCAACAAGUAGAACGAAUUGAUCCAGCAGCAGCUUGUUACGAAGUGUCCUUGGAACACCCCUUUGAGUGUGGAAUGUGCAAUCCUCACACUUGCCAGGGUGUCAGUAAUGUCCCGCCCGUGCCCAUUCCUGCCGUGGCUCCCACAAGGUGCGGAUGCAGUCAAUGUACAGAGAGCACUCUCAACUCAAACGCCGAUGGUCACAGCUGCUCCGAAAGAAUUGACUUUCUACUGGCGUCACAAGCGCUGACCUAUCCCAAUGAACAAGAUGCUUGUCGCCAAAUUUCUCACGAGUAUCCUACUGUGUGUGGUCCGCAAUGUGACCCCGAUAAAUGCGGGUCGGGUCCUCCUCCAAAUGCACUGGCUGUGUCGGUGUCACAGUCGCAGCCCCAGCAAUCAUCCCAGCCACAUGCCCCUCCAACAGAACUGUAUUGCUAUCCCCCAACUGCCCAAAGAACAAUCUAUAGCAAUGUUUGGGGCAAAUACAAGGUGGAAGUCAAGGAAGGAGACGAGUGUGGCCCUUCUGACAACCUCUUUAGUAAGGCUGGAGUUGCUUUGAGCAACAACAAGUCUGACCUGACAUUAUCCUUUGGGAGACAGCCAAAUGGACAGUGGUAUGCCAGUGAAGUAAGAAUCUUACUGCCUCCUCGGGAAACUUAUGAUUACGGGAGGUACUCCUUUUCAAUAAAGAGCAUUCAGGUGGUAGAUACCAUUACCGGAGAUGUAGUCGGCACUGCUCUACCUCCCAGUAUUAUCUUGGGGCUCUUUACCUGGGAUGACACUGAAGACUUCAAUCUCAGGGACCAAGAAAGUUGGAUGCAUGAAGUUGACAUCGAGUUGUCUCAAUGGGAUGAUCCCAACAUUGAGGAUAUCCAGUUCCUUGUGCAGCCACCAGGCUCACCACACAAGUAUCGAUUCUAUAGUGGGGUUGGAAGAACUCCUUCUACGCCAGCAUUCAAUCAAGCCCCAAAUAUGUAUGAAUUUGAGUGGAAACCAGCAGAGAUCAGCUGGUAUUCCACAGCUGGUGGCGGACAAAGCUUCACAUAUGGCACACAGGAUGCCCUGGAUGCGGGUGAAGCUGAUUAUACCCAAUGCAUGCCAGCAAAUGUGGAAGUCAGGAUGAAUCUCUGGAACUUGUUUGGUUCCACUGCCCCUACUGGGAUGCAGGAUAAUCAUCGUGUUGACGUUGUGAUUGACAACUUUACCUAUGUACCCAACAAUCUCAAUGGUGUACCAGAAGGAGGUGUCUGUUCCAAGGAUUGUCACUGUGGUGGACCACCCUUGCAAUGCAUCAACAACCAGUGCACUCGCCCCGGAAAUAGACAGCGGCGACGAAUGACAGGGUCUGGUGACAAUAUUAUGAACGAUUCCGAAUCGUUGCUUCUUCCGGUGGAUGCGACUGUUUUGUUGGGCGCUAUGCUUCUUGUCGUCGUUCUCUUGUUUCUUCGACACCAAAGAAUUUCCUCCGAGUCUUUCUCCAACCAAGAGGUCCUCCACGAUGAUGACUUGUUGACAGUCGCAUUGUACGAUUCCGAGGACUUGUGUAUUGGGUUGAAUGGAUGAUUCUUCUGCUUGAGUUGAGAAAUGUCGCACAAGGAAAACAGGAACGGUAUCGUGUGGUUGUUGUACAAUAUUUAUAGCUGCGCUGUAACAAAUAAACCUAUACCAACUGCUGUUGGUAACGUUUUGUAAGG